UGCAUUUCUCCUAGUCGGGCUAUAAAGGGGAAAGAAACACUACACACGCACACACACACACACACACACACACACACACUCACACACACAGAGUCCUCCCUUUCUGCAUGUAAAACGUGUGUGUUCUUUAGAAGCCAGUGGUUGGCUGGUGUUCCGGACAUGAUGUGGUUGAAGCUGUCAUCGUAAUGGAAAUUCACUGCUGUAGCUAUGGUAAAUCGAGUGUUCCGCCUGUGCUGAAUGCAUUAGUCUAAUGAGAUGUUUGCAGCGGCGCGAGCAGGGCUGCUGGAGACUAAGCCGUGAGCAGCAGCAGCCCACGGCUGGACAGCAGCUUGUGCAAUACCCAGGGUGCUCGUGCAGGAAGUCACCUGUCCUCCGAGGCAACACUCCUGACCUGAUUGAUCAACACCCUGACCAGGGCUCUGUGACCAGGCUGUAGUUCCCAGGACCUCCCUUGGCCGCGUGCAGUUUGCCUCUUCAUUCAGUAAGACUGGCCCCAGCAGAGAUGCAGACCCAGAGGGUCCCGGGGAGGAAGCGUGGCCGGCCUCCGCUGCACUCCACGCCGGCGCAGAUGGCAGUCCAUAACCUCUAUUCUGCGUCUGCGGGCUCUGUACCGCCAGUGACAAUCCCAAAGAAGAGAGGGCGGAAACCCAGGUACAAGAUCAAGUCUCCAGUGCUCAUGACUCCCUUGGCCCUGUCACCUCCACGGAGUACCCCGGAACCUGACCUCAGCUCCAUUCCUCAGGAUGCGGCCACCAUCCCCAGCCUGGCGGUCCCACAGGCUCUCACAGUGUGCCUCUACAUUAACAGGCAGGCUGACGCAGGGCCGUACCUGGAGAGGAGGAAGCUGCUGCAGCUUCCGGAGCGCCUGGGGCCUGAGCGGCCUGCCGCUGUCCUGCAGCAGGCGGUGCAGGCCUGCAUCGACUGUGCCCACCAGCCCAGGCUGGUCUUCUCCCUUGUCAAGCAGGGCUACCGCGGCGAGCUGGUGUCAGUCUCCGCUUCCUUUGAUGGAAAACAGCACCUGAGGAGUCUGCCUGUGGUGAACAGCGUGGGCUACGUCCUCCGCUUCCUGACCAAACUGUGCCGCAGCCUCCUGUGUGACAACCUCUUCAGCCACCUGCCCUUCCCGGGGAGCCUCAGUGCCUCUGAGAAGGCCCAGGAGAGAGAGGAUGGGAGGACCGAAUCGGCCAGGGCAGCCACUGCUGAAGAGUGCCUGGUAAACCCUGUGGGCAUGAACCGCUACAGCACGGACGCCUCCUCCGCUGCCCUUAGCCACAGGGGCUCCCUGACCCACUCCUCCUCGCUGUACUUCAAGAGGCUGAGCUCUGGAGACGGCCACCUUGGGGGAGGCCCAACCAGCACCACCAGCGGGUCCCGUACCAACCUUGUGCCCUCCGGAGGUUCAUCGACACCUGGACUGAGGCUCCCAGCUUCGAGCCCCAAGAGGAAUGGGACAUCUACAGAAGGAAACAGACGCGCCUCAAGCCCCUCUCCAGAGGUACAGGAUACCAGGAGGCCAAGCAACAGAAACCCUGCUACCUGGACUGUGGAGGAUGUGGUCCGGUUUGUGAAAGAUGCUGAUCCUCAGGCCCUGGGGCCUCACGUGGAGCUCUUCAGAAAGCACGAGAUCGAUGGCAACGCCUUGCUGUUGCUGAGGAGCGACAUGAUCAUGAAGUACCUGGGACUGAAGCUGGGACCCGCGCUGAAGCUCUGCUACCACAUUGAGAAGCUGAAGCAAGCUAAAUUCUAAAGGAGCGAAACCCAAGAUUUCAAGGUUACCUCCUGCCUGCCCAGCAUCCGGCUUGCACCACUAGCAGAACGUCCUCUUAAACGUCGCAGCCACGAAGACCUUGUCCUUUUAUAAACUACGUACAUCCUUGCCUUUUCUAACAUUCCAAACGGCCCCUUUCAAAGGCUGAACCGUGUCACAGAUUUGUCUGAAAAAGAAAAAAAACAAAAAAUCACAAAAAGCCGGUUACAUUUAAUGUUCCUCACAUGUGGUUCACUCUUGACGGGUGGUGUUUGUGUUGUGACAGGAUGGGUAACCGAAUGCUGUGACCCACGGAGAACUCUGAAGGGGGCUCUCCAAACCACAAGGAAGACUCUGCCCCUGCAGGUGCUGUGGGGAUGCCGAUGGCAGCCUCUCCCUGUUCUGGGGACCAGUCAGCAUGGGCCUCACUGGGCUGAGCUGUGGGAGUCGUCCUCUGCUGACUUCCUCGCCUUGCACUAUCUGGAAAACUUGAAGUAAUUGUUUGCUCUGGAAAAGAAAGGGGAAAGGACGGUUCCUAGUCCUAGCUUCUGAAGUCCUUCAUCGCUCCACCAGAGGGCAGACUGCUAAAGAGAAUUCAGGAUGCCUUGACUGCAUGGCUGGGUUAGGGUUUUUUAUAAGAAAGAUCUAGGCUGCACAGGGAUGGGGGAUUCAUUCCACAGUCAGCACCCCAGAUUGCCACUUGGGAAGAAAGCGUGAUCUGUAGGGAUCCAACUCAUAUCCAUUACUGACUGACUAGGUAAGAAUUCGGAAGCAACCAUCUGUCUAAACGAAGAUUCCCUUUGUCCCUUCCCUUCUAGAGUCUUACUGAGGCACUGAUAAUGCUGGCACACUGAAGAACCUUAGUAACAUUUAGCUAUAGUUACUUCUUGAAAAAAAAAGGGGGGGGGAGGAAGGAAGGAAGGAAACUGUCUCAACAAAGUUUGAAAACGGGAACUGCUGAUUUCUAGUUACAUGGCUGCAUUCUGUAGCUGUGUCUGUGGCUAAUUCUCCCAGUCUUCAACAAGUAUGCAGACGUGUUUUUAUUGGGUUUAAUUCAAUUUACAAAUAGGUUUUCACUCUUCACUGUGAAUUAAUAGGAAAAAAUUGAUUUUCUACCCUUUGCAGCUGUGUCCAGAGUGGGAGGGACGGAGCCAAGGUUUACUAGGCAGAAGGGUGACCUCUUUGCUGCUAUUCUUUGUCAAAUCCCUUUUUUUCUUCCCCUCUCCACCUGCCCUUUGUCUAUUCCCACUGAGUAGAGAACUCACACAGCACAGCCUUUUCCUUAAAGGCGCACCUGGGGAGCGUGAGGGUCAAGGGUAACCCGGAGUCUCCCGUGCCAUGGUGUGGAUUUAAAAAGGCAUCUUUCCUCGGCCCGAGCGAGGUCUCAGCUGGCAAGUGAAGUUGGAGGGGUUUUGGACCCCUCUCAGCAAGACAUCCUAAUCCUGAACAAGAUGGAUGUAGCCUCUGGAAUGGAUCUACCCACUGUAGGGAUUAGUUAGAAUUUGGGUGAGGACCACAGGAAGCAUUCCAUGCUGAGAUACGGGACCCACUUUGAUGUCCCCUAUUUGAGGAAGUGUGGCAGGACACUGAGAGAUUGUCCACAGUGGACAGAGAAGUGUGGACAGAGAAGGAAAAAAAAUGUCCCAAAGCUUCCCACUGAAUGGAACUUGAUCAGCUUGCAGAAGAGCUGGAUGUCUGUUUAUUUUUAGCAUGAGACAAAAAUGACCUUGAACUCGACCUUGGAGGGAAUCUUUAAGAUGUUAAGGCAAUGAACAGACUCUGCCACGCAGAAGAUUGUCAGCGUUGAGCGUUCCUCGCUGCUGCUCUGAAGUUCGAUCCUGUCUCAAAAGGUGUCAGACAAUUCACACGUCCGGAAUUGUUGGAGUGAAAGCAAUGAGAUCUGGGAAAAUUGCUUCACUGAAGUGUUUGCCCUGUCCCUGUAGACGCACGGUGCCUCCUCCAGGGACACAGUGACUCUUUAGUGACUGGCAAUGUUAAGCUUUUCAAAUGUCCUGCAUAACCUUUCCAGUGCCUCAUUAGUGCCCCAAGUUAAAAUAAGCCCAAACGAGUCAGGAGAGGCCUCAAAUGUUGUUGAAGGCGAGCUAGGACCUGGUUCAAGUCUAUAGGGGAACUGGGACUAUAUCCCCCAUACAGAGACUCAGUCAGGUGCUGUCUUAUUUCACACGAAGCCUUAAGUUUGUUGGAUUGCAGGACCCCAGACUUUUAAGGUUUGGCAAAACAAAACACCAAGAAGCAAUUUCAUCAUUCUUGGAAUGAAGGCCACCACAUCACGGAAGGAGCAGUGGAAACUAAUUCUUCUUCCUUGCCUGUUUCUGCGUGGAAUGUAAUUAACUGACCAAAUCAUUGUAGCAAUACUGCAAUUAUAAUUAAUUUUCAUCCCUCUCAAAAAUCUUGUCAAACAGGGCAGUUAAAUUGCUUCUCAAAUGUAAAACACGCCAGGCCAUUUCCUCUAAACAGACCUUAAAGAGUCAGGCCAUUGGGGUUACUCUGGCCCAAAUGAGAAGGACUUGAACUCACACUUGACAGCUAACAUGCGUGCUAUUCCAUCUGCAUAGCUUUGCUUCAGGUUGCAGUGAAUAAUGACCAAAAUUUGCAUAAUUCCAAAUGAAAGAGUGUGUGCGCUCAUGUUACAAACAUUUCCAAUUACAUUUGUCUCUUGGACAAGAAUCAAGAGACAAUUCUGUUGCCUCGAGCAUUUUGAACGUUUUGUGAAACAUAUUAUUCCCUUUGUGAAGAUUUUAGAUUAAAAGAUGUGGCCCAUGUAGAUGUGUGUGUUUCUAUGUAUCUCUAGACACUGGAGUUGGAAAAAAAUCUAAGAAGUGGUUGGGAGUGUAUUUGCUAUUGCAUGUGCUUAAACAAAUACCUUUCCAGCUUCGUAAUGUGGAAGGCACAGCCCAGUCUAAUCAUACUGGCUGUCACUAGGAGGUGUUCUUUCUUAUUCUAGUAGGGCCUGUCCUGUGGACAGCCAAAUGACCAGAAUAGUUUUCUGGACCUGUUCCUCUGAAGUAGCUGACUCGACAUGCCAAACCUGAGGAGCUGUAUGCUUGAGAAAAGGCCAUACAAUGAAGAACAGCUGCCUGAGGGCCUCAGUCAUAUCUGCCAGGGAGGACAGAGGCCUGUUAUUUCUCUUCUACAGGGCUGCCUUAAAAAGAAAAGAAGGAAUGAAGGAAAUGAAAGAAAGAAAGAAAGAAAGAAAGAAAGAGAAAGAAAGAAAGAAAGAAAGAAAGAAAGAAAGAAAGAAAGAAAAAGAAAGAAAAAAAAUAAAGGAGCAGAGAAUGCUUUAGAAAACUGCGUUCAGAAUUAAUACCUUGGGAAGGGAUGCUGGGCUGAAAGUUUGAGAAGCAAGCCAGAACAUUCAAAAGCAUACCUUUCUUAGGAAAACAAUAGAAGAGCAAUUGUGCUAACAGCCCCUGUCCAUGACACAGCCAUAACCUAAUGAUGUCACAGAAUUCUUCUUUAAAUUAAAAUGGUUUAAUUUUUUUAAAUUUAUAUUCUUUUAGGAGGGUUUUGUUGAAUCCCCGAAGAAAACUGGAAAUGCCCAAUGUUCUAUUUGAAGGUAGUCAUCAUCAAAAAGUCUUGAAGGACAUUCUGGUCUCUCCCUGAGAACCUGAGGCGUUCUGAUGCACAAGCUGUGGGCUGUGUACUCAAAGGGUUACCUUUCCCACUUCACCAUGUGAGACCAGGCUUGGAGGAUCGUUGC